AUGGCUAAUGGCAGUGAGUCGGAGGAGCUGUCUGGCUCUCUAACCCAGUCAACAGCCAUCUCUACCCACCUCAAGCUGGUUCUUCUGGGUUUCAUCAUCUGUGCCAGCUUGGCGGGCAACCUACUGGUUUCCCUCCUCGUGUUGAAGGACCGCUCCUUGCACAAGGCCCCUUACUAUUUUCUGUUGGACCUCUGUCUUGCCGAUGCCGUCAGAUCAUCUGCCUGUUUCCCAUUUGUCCUGCUUUCCAUCCGCAACGGCUCGGCCUGGGCCUACAGCCUCCUGAGCUGCAAAGUGGUGGCCUUCAUGGCCGUCCUGUUUUGCUUUCAUGCCUCAUUCAUGCUCUUCUGUAUCAGUGUGACUCGCUACAUGGCCAUCGCCCACCACCGAUUCUACUCCAAGAGGAUGACGCUGUGGACGUGCAUCGCGGUCAUCUGCAUGGUCUGGACACUUUCGGUCGCCAUGGCCUUCCCGCCGGUCUUCGAUGUGGGGACUUACAAAUUCAUCCGCGAGGAGGACCAAUGCAUCUUUGAACAUCGCUACUACUUCAAAGCCAACGAUACCCUCGGAUUUAUGCUCAUGUUGGCGGUGCUCAUCGUGGCCACUCACAUUGUCUACGCCAAACUACUCCUCUUCGAGUACCGCCACCGCAAAAUGAAGCCGGUGCAGAUGGUUCCGGCCAUCAGCCAGAACUGGACAUUCCACGGACCUGGAGCUACAGGGCAGGCUGCUGCCAACUGGAUUGCUGGAUUUGGAAGGGGGCCGAUGCCGCCCACUUUGCUGGGUAUACGUCAGAACACCCAUACUGCCAACAGGCGUCUCUUGGGGAUGGAUGAGUUUAAAAAGCGAGAAAAGGUUGGGGCGGAUGUUUUACGGAUUACCCUCAGCUUCUUGGUGCUUUGGUCACCCUAUAUCGUGGCCUGUUACUGGAGGGUGUUUGUCAAAACCUGUAGCAUCCCUCAUCGCUACUUGUCCACCGCGGUGUGGAUGACUUUUACUCAGGCUGGGGUGAACCCUAUCAUGUGUUUCCUACUCAACAAAGACCUGAAGAGCUGCCUUCAGCUCCACAUCCCCUUUUGGAGGACGAAAGCCUUGCUACCUAGGGAGCCUUACUGCGUAAUGUAA